UUUAAGAGACGGAGUCUCUGGAUGUGAGGGCGAUCUGGCUGCGACAUCUGUCACCCCAUUGAUCGCCAGGGUUGAUUCGGCUGAUCUGGCUGGCUAGGCGGGUGUCCCCUUCCUCCCUCACCGCUCCAUGUGCGUCCCUCCCGAAGCUGCGCGCUCGGUCGAAGAGGACGACCAUCCCCGAUAGAGGAGGACCGGUCUUCGGUCAAGGGUAUACGAGUAGCUGCGCUCCCCUGCUAGAACCUCCAAACAAGCUCUCAAGAGACGGAGUCUCGCUCUGUCUCCCAAGCUGGAGUGUAGUGGCGCCAUCUUGGCUCACCACAACCUCCAUCUCCCAGGUUCAAGCAGUUCUCCUGCCUCAGCCUCCCAAGUAGCUGGGAUUACAGGCACACGCCGCCACACCUGGCUAAUUUUUUUUUUUUUUUUUUUUGUAUUUUAGUAGAGAUGGGGUUUCACCGUGUUGCCCAGGCUGGUCUCGAACUCCUGAGCUCAGGCAAUCCACCCACCUUGGCCUCCCAAAGUGCUAGGAUUAUAAGUGUGAGCCACCGCACUCGGCCUGUGUUCAACUUUUUGAGGAUCUGCCCAACUGUUUACUCAGGUGGCUGUACAAUAUUAUAAUCCUAUCAGCAAUAAAGUUUUGAAACUGGGGGGGUUAAUCUGAUUAGAUCCACAAAACAGCCUGCCCUGCAAUUUGGUCAUUUGCAUUUUGUUUUUUUCUAUGUAGCUGAAGACGACAGCAUUUAACCUUUACUGGCUUCCUAUAUAAUCUAUAGAUAACAUAUGUCACCGUGGUAACAGUCACUUAAGUUGCUUUUCAGGAACUUGGGGCAGCUCCUCUCCUGUUCAAACUGGUUGUGACCACUGACCCUUCAACCAGGCCAGAGCAAAUGCCCAAGAGGUAGCCUUUUGACAUCACAGGCUAAACACUCCACCCUCAAAUGAUGCUAAUGGCGCCAUUUUCUGAACAGUCAUCCUAUGAAGUUCCAUGAAUCCUGACUACACUUGCGCAGAUCACUGGAUGAUUCAUUUUCCCCCACUGCCAAUCACCUUUCGCCAUGCCUUAGACCACCCGGCUUCUCUAACCCAUAAACAUCCCUAUGCCUUAUUUUCGGGAGGCAGAUAUGAGAGCUAUUUACCUGCCCCCUUGCUGGGCUGCCUUGUGGAUGAAUCUUUUCUCUUUUGCAAAAUGUGUCAUCACAGUGAUUGGUUUACCCGGCACGGGCAGAACAAACCUGGUUGAUAAUUUUUCUCAUCCUCGCCAACACUUACUAUCAUUGCCUAUGUUUUUCACUAUAGCCAUGCUGGUGGAUAUGAAGUGGCAUCUGAUUGUGGUUUUCAUUUCAUUUCCCUUGUGACUAAUGAGCAUUUUUUUUGUGCUUAUUGAUUAUUUGCAUAUCUUCUUUAAAAAAUAUGUAUUCGAAUAUUUUGCCCAUUUUUAAUUUGGGUAAUUUGUAUUUCUGUUGAGUUGUAAAUGUUGUUUAUAUAUUUUGGAUAGUAGACUCUUACCUGAUACACAAUUCACAAAAUAUUUUCUCCCAUUUCAUAGGUUGGCUUUUGUUUUCUUGAUGGUGUCUUUUGAUGUACAAAAUUUUAAAAUUAUUUUUUCUUCAAGACUUAAAACAUUUUGGCUGGGCAUGGUGGCUCACGCCUGUAAUCCCAGCACUUUGGGAGGCUGAGGCAGGCGGAUCACAAGGGUCAGGAGAUCGAGACCAUCCUGGCUAACACAGUGAAACCCCAUCUCUACUAAAAAUACAAAAAAUUAGCUGGGCGUGGUGGCGGGCGCCUGUAGUCCCAGCUACUCGGGAGGCUGAGACAGGAGAAUGGCGUGAACCCAGGAGGUGGAGCUUGCAGUGAGCCGAGAUCGCACCACUGCACUCCAGCCUGGGUGACAGAGCGAGACCCCAUCUCAAAAAAAAAAAAAAAGACUUAAAACAUUUUAAUUGAUACAAUUGUACAUAUUUAUAGGGACAGUGUAAUGUUGUGAUACAUGCACACAAUAUGUAAUAAAUUAGGGUAAUUAACAUAUCCAUCAUCUCAGACAUCUUUUUUUGUGAUGAGAAGAUUCAAAAUCCUCUCCUCUAGCUAUUUUGAAAUAUGCAAUAUAUUACCAUGAACCAUAAUCACCAUUCAGAGCAAUGGAACACCAGACCUUAUUCUUCCUAUCUAACUGUAACUUUGUAUCCAUUGACUGGCCUCUCCCUGUCCUCCCUCUUCCCUCCCGUUCCCAGCCUCUGGUAACCAUUAUUUAUUCUCUACUUCUGUUAGAUCAACAUUUAAGGCCAGGUGCAGUGGCUUACAUCUGUAAUCCAUCCCAGCACUUUGGGAGGCCAACGUGGGUGGAUCACUUGAAGACAGGAGUUAGAAACCAGCCUGGCCAACAUGGUGAAACCCCAUCUCUACUAAAAAUACAAAAAUUAGCUGGGUGUGGUGGCGUGUGCCUGUAAUCCCAGCUACUCAGGAGGCUGAGGCAUGAGGAUCGCUUGAACCUGGAAGGUGAAGGUUGCAGUGAGCCGAGACCUUGCCACUGCACUCCAGCCUGGGUGACAGAGCGAGACUGCCUCAAAAAAAAAAAAAAAAUUUAGGAUUCCACAUAUGAAUAGGAUCAUGCAGUAUCUGUCUUUCUGUGCCUGGCUUAUUUCACAUAACAUAAUGACCUCUAGGCUUAUUCAAGUUGUUCCAAAUGAGAGGAUUUCAUUCUUUUUUAUGGCUGAAUAGUAUUCCAUUGUGUAAAUUUACCACAUAUUCAUUCAUCUGUUGAUGGACACUUAGGUUAAUUCCAUAUUCUGGCCAUUGUGAAUAGUGCUGCAAUAAACAUGGGUGUGCAGACAUCUUUUUGACAUACUGAUAUCAUAUCUUUUGGAUAUAUGGGAUUGUUAGAUCAUAUGGUAGUUUUUAAUUUUUUUAGGAACCCUCUACUAUUUUCCACAGUGGCUGUACCAAUUUACAUUCUCACCAACAAUGCACUGCAUGAUGAAGAUUCAGUCAACAACAGACUACGUAUAUGACAGUAGUUCCAUAAGAUUAUAACACAGCUGAAAAAUUCCUAUCACUUAGUACUUACUAAUGCUAGACUUUUUAUCAUUAUUUUAGAGUAUACUCCAUCUACUUAUUGAAAAGAAGUUAACUAUAAAAAGCCUAAGGUAGGACCUUCAGAAGAUAUUCCAGAAGAAGGCAUUGUUAUAGGAGAUGACAGCUCCAUGCGUGUUAUGCCCCUGAAGACCUUCCAGUGGGAUGAGAUGUGCAGAGUCGAGAGAGCAAAAUGUAAAGGUGGAAACCUGUGCACUUAAACCCAACUCUUGCAAAGGUAAAGCAACCGCGGAAACAGCAGGCACUCGAAGUGAGAAAGCUCCAGCCCGCGCUACGGCGCAGGCGCAGAAGCUCAGCGUCGCGCUCCCUGCUCCCGUCCCCAGAAGGUUAUCGCGAGUCUUGGAAUAAACUGGCUGGUGCGAGUGCCAAAAGUAAGUUCUCGCGAGAGGUAGUUGGUUGCUAUAGCUGUCGAAAACAUAACUGAGGCUGCUGCAGACACAAAAGAAAACCAGAGGGACUUUUCCCAGUUGGUGAUAUGGAGCAAGUGCCAUCAGCAGGCAGACUCGUGCAGAUCACCGUGACAGAGGGAUAUGAUUUGAAAGGUUUUAAAGGAGAUACUCCAGUUACCUUUAUUCGGGCAGAAUUCAAUCAAGUGGUUCUGGGAGACUCCGCAAAAAUUACUGUUUCUCCAGAAGGAAGUGCAAAAUACAACUUCACUAGCAGUUUUGAGUUUAAUCCUGAAGGAGGAAUCACUUUAGAUGACCUCGCUCACAAACCUGUGUUCUUGACUGUGACUGAAGUUUUACCAAAGGAAAAGAAACAGAAAGAAGAGAAGACCUUAAUUCUUGGUCAGGCUGUGGUGGACCUUCUUCCCUUACUGGAAGGACAGAGUUCAUUUCAAACAACAGUUCCAUUGCACCCUGUGCAAGGCUCACCCUUAGAAACUGCUAGAUCAAGUGCUAAGCAGUGCCGUCUUGAAGUUAAAGUAUUAGUGGCAGAGCCUUUACUGACCACAGCCCAGAUCUCAGGGGGCAAUCUACUGAAGGUCACGUUGGAAGCUGCUUACUCUGUGCCUGAAUCCUUCAUUUUAACAGGUCCUGGGCAGAACUACAUGGUCGGUCUGCAAGUUCCAUCACUUGGAGAGAAGGACUAUCCCAUUUUAUUUAAGAAUGGAACUCUGAAGCUUGGAGGUGAAAGGGAACCUGUUCCCCGGCCCAAAAAGUGGCCAAUUGCCAACAUUCUGGCUCCAGGAGCUAAUAACAUUCCUGAUGCAUUCAUUGUUGGUGGUCCCUAUGAAGAAGAAGAAGGAGAACUCAACCAUCCUGAGGACAGCGAAUUUAGGAAUCAAGCAGAGUGCAUAAAGAAAAGGAUUAUUUGGGACUUGGAAAGUCGCUGCUACCUUGAUCCUUCUGCAGUGGUCAGUUUUCAGAAGCGAAUUGCUGAUUGCCGGCUUUGGCCUGUAGAGAUCACAAGAGUUCCUCUGGUCACUGUACCCAAAGGGAAAGCUGGCAAAACUGAAAAGACUGAUGAAGAAGGUCAGCUUUCGUUUCAUGGUGUGGCUUAUGUUAAUAUGGUCCCAUUGUUGUAUCCAGGUGUGAAGAGAAUUCGGGGAGCUUUUCAUGUUUACCCUUACCUAGACAGUGUAGUCCAUGAAAAGACCAAAUGUUUAUUGAGCUUGUUCCGGGAUAUUGGCCAUCACUUGAUUCAUAAUAAUAAAAUAGGAGGAAUUAAUUCUCUGCUGUCCAAACAAGCUGUUUCUAAGAAUCUGAAAGAAGAUAAACUGGUGAAAGAAAAGGAUAUAGAUGGAAGGCCUAGGCCUGGGGAUGUGCAGGCACCUAGUAUAAAAUCUCAGAGCUCAGAUACUCCUUUGGAAGGUGAACCCCCUCUAAGUCACAAUCCUGAAGGACAGCAAUAUGUAGAAGCAGGGACAUACGUUGUGUUGGAAAUUCAGCUGGACAAAGCCUUGGUUCCAAAGCGAAUGCCAGAGGAGCUAGCCAGAAGGGUCAAGGAAAUGAUUCCUCCAAGGCCUCCUCUUACCCGUCGGACAGGAGGAGCUCAGAAGGCAAUGAGUGACUACCACAUACAGAUCAAGAAUAUUUCUAGAGCCAUUCUAGAUGAGUACUACAGAAUGUUUGGAAAACAGGUGGCCAAACUGGAGAGUGAUAUGGAUAGUGAAACCUUGGAGGAGCAGAAGUGCCAGCUCAGCUAUGAACUUAAUUUCUCUGGAAAAUACUUUGCUUUCAAAGAACAACUCAAGCAUGCUGUGGUAAAGAUUGUGAGAGAUAAAUACUUGAAGACAACAUCAUUUGAAAGCCAGGAGGAACUGCAGACAUUUAUCAGUGAGCUCUAUGUGUUCUUAGUAGAUCAGAUGCAUGUAGCCCUAAACCAGACCAUGCCAGAUGAUGUCCAAGGCACUGUUGCAACCAUUUAUACAAGCAGUGAACAGCUUCAACUCUUUGCAUUUGAAGCAGAAGUCAAUGAGAACUUUGAGAUGGCAGCAGCAUAUUAUAAAGAGAGAUUGGUCCGUGAGCCCCAGAAUCUGGAUCACUGGUUGGACUAUGGUGCCUUCUGCCUCCUAACUGAAGACAACAUCAAAGCACAAGAGUGUUUUCGGAAAGCCCUUUCCCUCAACCAGAGUCAUAUCCACAGCUUGUUGCUGUGUGGUGUCCUGGCUGUCCUGUUGGAGAACUAUGAGCAAGCAGAAAUUUUCUUUGAGGAUGCUACUUGCUUGGAACCAACUAAUGUUGUAGCCUGGACUUUACUUGGUUUGUACUAUGAAAUUCAAAACAAUGAUAUUCGAAUGGAAAUGGCAUUUCAUGAGGCCUCCAAACAGCUUCAGGCAUGGAUGCUUCAGGCACAAGUAACAAAGCAAAAGAGCACUGGUGUUGUAGAAGACACUGAGGAAAGAGGGAAGAGAGAAUCUAGUUUAGACCCUUGGGGAAUCACAAAUGGUUCUGCAACAGCAAUCAAGGUGGAAGCCCCAGCAGGACCAGGAGCUGCAUUAUCUAUUCUAGACAAAUUUCUUGAAGAAUCCUCCAAACUGCAGUCUGAUUCACAGGAACCCAUUUUGACUACACAAACUUGGGAUCCAAGUAUAAGCCAAAAACCAUCUAACACAUUUAUCAAGGAGAUACCAACAAAGAAAGAAGCAUCAAAAUGUCAAGAUUCAUCAGCUCUUCUGCAUCCCGGCCUUCAUUAUGGUGUUUCUCAAACUACCACCAUCUUCAUGGAGACCAUACGUUUCUUGAUGAAAGUCAAGGCUGUGCAGUAUGUGCACAGAGUGCUUGCACAUGAGCUGUUAUGCCCUCAAGGAGGCCCCAGCUGUGAAUAUUACUUGGUGCUGGCCCAAACACACAUUCUUAAGAAGGACUUUGCCAAGGCAGAGGAAUACCUUCAACAAGCAGCCCAGAUGGACUACCUGAACCCCAAUGUCUGGGGCCUGAAGGGCCAUCUCUAUUUUCUGAGUGGAAAUCAUUCUGAGGCCAAGGCAUGCUAUGAACGAACCAUUAGCUUUGUAGUGGAUGCUUCUGAGAUGCACUUCAUCUUCCUGCGACUGGGGCUCAUCUAUCUGGAAGAGAAAGAGUAUGAAAAGGCAAAGAAAACCUAUAUGCAAGCCUGUAAGAGAUCACCUUCAUGCCUUACCUGGCUAGGACUGGGAAUCGCCUGCUAUCGGCUGGAGGAGCUCACAGAGGCUGAGGAUGCUCUCUCUGAAGCCAAUGCAUUGAACAACUACAAUGCUGAAGUAUGGGCAUAUCUGGCUCUGGUCUGCCUGAAAGUUGGACGGCAAUUAGAAGCUGAGCAGGCCUACAAGUACAUGAUCAAGCUGAAAUUGAAAGAUGAGGCUCUGCUUGCAGAGAUCCACACACUACAGGAAACAGUUGGCUUUGGAAAUCCAUCUUUCUGAUACCCCUCCAGCUGAACAAUUUUCUGCAUGGGACUCUGAGUUCCUUUCCUUCCCAGAGAGUUUUACCGUAUGAAGCCUGGAGCUGGAGAAUGAAAGAAUCUUCACUAUAAACAGAGACCCAUUCAUUUAUUUCCAUUGGCUGGGUUACUGGAUGUUUUACUGGUUGACGAGAAACUGGGUCACAAUAAAAAAUGGAGAUAUGAAACUCAAAA